AUGGCCGGAUUUGAUGAAUGGUGGCUGCAAGAGGGCCUUUCUAGCACAAUUGGAUCAUGGGGUCCUUUUACACCUCAGUGUGUUCAUCAAUCUCACCCAUUGGGCUCCUCUACUCAUGCUUCUCGCCGGCUAUGUGUUAGCGCUGGAGUGACAGUGUUUGCAAUCAUAUCAACCAAGAAUCACGUCGCCAUCCAGAUUCUCCUCUGCGUGUUAUUGAAAAGCUUGCAACCUCGGGUCCUGUACAGGGCCUUCGAUGAAGCUCAAGCUGUCGAGACAACUUGGGUGUUGAACAUCCAUUCCAGUCUAUCAUACUGGGGUGAGUUCUCAUUAUCUUCUUGGGGCGCCCAGGAAAAGCUUUUCGUGCUUUACAACCUGACGAUGGUCUAUGAAUGUGGCAUGGAUGAUGGGUGUGCAGCAGCUUCGAAUAUCCGAUCAAAGGAAGCCAAAACACCAACCGUUUUUACUGCUAGGGCUUUUGGUAUCCCUUAG